UGUUAAGAAGUUGGAAUUGCAGUUGCUUCUCUAUAAAGCUCAGGCAGGACUUCGCCAUCGGAAGGGCCACUCCCGGCCAUCUUCAUCUGUCGAUAAGACAUCACAUACAGAGACUUCUCAUACAUUAUUACGCCUUCUUCCUCUGCAUAUUGCACAGGCCAUUAUGGAGACGCCGCGCUCCUACGAAGCUGCUGAUCUGAAAGUGAUGGCUUCCUCUAAGGAUCAUGUCGAGGUAUCCGAAGAGCUGACCUGGACGCCCGAGGAAGAGAGGAAGCUGGUCCGGAAAAUUGACCUGUAUCUCUUGCCAACGAUCUGGCUCAUGUACCUUCUCAGCUACAUGGAUCGUACGAACAUCGGAAACGCUAGGAUUGCCGGCAUGGCAGACGAUCUUAAGCUCACUUCGAAUCAAUACUCGAUUGCCCUGGUGGUGUUCUUCGUUACAUAUGUGGCCUUCGAACCCCCGUCCAAUAUGAUUCUUGUGAGGUGGAAGCCCUCCAAGUAUCUCCCAACCAUCAUGGUUAUUUGGGGCGGACUCACAUGCAUCAUGGCCGCAAUCAACCACUUCCACCACCUUGUCAUUCUCCGCAUCUUCGUUGGUGUGUUUGAAGCCGGCUUUGCUCCAGGUGUCUUGCUCAUCAUCUCGUCCUGGUACAAGCGCGACGAGCAGUCUAAGCGCUUUGGUGUCUACAUGUCCGCUGCCAUCUUAUCAGGGUGCUUCGGCGGUCUUCUGGCUGGCGCUAUUACCGGCGGCAUGGAAGGUACAGGAGGACUACGCGGCUGGCGAUGGCUGUUCAUCAUCGAAGGAAUCGCAACAAUCGUUUGGGCCGUCAUUGCAUCCUUCAUCUUGCUUGACUUCCCAGCUACCAGCUCGCGGCUCACUGAACGCGAGCGUGCGAUUGCCGUUGCUCGUCUCCGCGAAGGCGGAGUCAAGUCUUACAACGCUGGUGAUGAGCGCAUGGGCAAGGCUAAGUCCUUCAAGCUCGCCGUUCUUGACUGGCGCACCAUUGGCUUUGUCUUGGGCUAUAUGGUCAUCGUCGGCUCCAGCACCCUCAGCUACUUCUACCCCACCCUGGUUACCGGCUUAGGCUACACCGACCGCGUCCAGGCGCAAUACAUGACCGCACCGAUCUACGCUGUUGCAUUCUUCUGCACGGCCGUCACAACCUACUUCGCGGAUCGCGUACCCAACCACCGCGGCGUACUAAUCGCCUCCUGGCUUGCUUUCGCGCUCAUAACCGCGAUUUGCGUCUGCACUAUCUACGACUUUACUGCACGCUAUGCGCUGCUAGUACUCAUGGCUGCUGGCCUGUGGUCCGGAAACGCGCUCGCCUUGAGUUUCGCCAGUUCCACGUUCGGAGACAUGGAGCCGGAAGUUCGGGCAAUCGCUCUCGCCCUCGUCAAUGCCAUGGGAAAUCUUGCUCAGAUUUACGGAGCUUAUCUGUUCCCUGCGGCUGAUAAACCCAAGUAUCUUAUGGGUUUUGGUGUUAUAUCGGGUAUGCUUGGGUUUGGUAUGUGUGUGUACAUCUUUAUGCAUGUUGCGGUACGCAGGAAGGAGGGCAUGGGCUGGUUCUAGUAAUCUCCUCACAAACUCCCAGUGUGAGUAGUGGAAGGAGUGUUUAUAAAUAUUCGCAGACCGUUGAGCUAUGUAUUAAAGAGUUCUGGCAAACAUUA